AUGGAGAAGGAGAACGGCGCCAUCCCUUGCCGCGAUCGAAGCUCGCUGCCGCCGCGUUGCUCUGGUCUGUCGCACUGCCACUGUCGUCCGGGGAAGACCGCCGCCACUGCUAAGGUUUGCCACCUCCGUGCCGUUGGGAGGAAGGCCGUCCAGUCACACCGAGCAGAGGAGACAGAGAAAGCUGAGGCCGAGCUGGAGGUCCAACCACCGCAACCAGCCGCUAUUCACGUCGCCGGCGUCGCCUCCGUCGGAACCGCCGCCGUCACUACUAGUUUUAAUGCUGCGCGGUUUUUUUUAGUUGAUCCACCGGAGCUUCUGGCCGCCGCCGGAGCUGUUGUCGGGGCCGGUUCGAAGUCGAAACUGCUUCGUGUUGUCAUUUCCGAAACUUCACAAAGGAAGAGAUUCUUUGGAAAAAGAAUUGUUGAAGGUCUCCAAACAAUUGAAGCAUGUGUUGUCUUGGAUCUUCAAGAAUUUAUCCGUUCAUGGUUGUCACCAGAUGCUGAUCAGCAACAUGUCACAAGAUUGGAAGGCACAUUUGGGUAUUCUUCUCCUGAAUAUUUGACGCCUGGCAUAGUAGAUGAGAAAACAGAUGUUUAUGCAUUUGGGAUCCUCUUGCUGGAGAUUUUAACCGAGCGAAAAAAUAAUGAGCCUGGUAAAACAGGGACUUCUGCUAAUGGAAUUCAUUCAAAUAGAAUUCUUGGCAGAAAUGCAUCCGGAACAGUUUACCAUGGCUUUAUUGAGGACAUUCAAGUGGCUGUCAAGAUGCUUUCCCUAUCUUCAGUGCAUGGAUAUCAACAAUUUGUUGCAGAGGUUAAGCUUCUAAUGAGAGUAUAUCAUCGAAAUCUGACUUCUAUUAUUGGCUAUUGCAAUGAAGAAACUAAUAUAGGACUCAUCUAUGAAUAUAUGGCAAAUGGAAACUUAGAUGAACAUCUUUCAGGCUUCGAUCUUGCAUCCACCAACUUCCCUCCAAACAACAACAUCCUACCACCACAGACCUCUAUUGAAGUUGUUAACCAGAGAGAUACAGAUCUUUUCUUCAUGUGGCAAAGGUACAAGAUUUUGGAACAUGAAGCAGAAGAAAAGGCAUAAGCCCUGAAGAAGAUUAGAGAGACGGUGAAUCACAAAAAUCAUAUAGAUGGUAGUGUAAAAUUGAUUGGUACUUCAUUAUUUGGUGUUCCUGAAGUUAAGCAAUAAUUUGGUAAACAAUUGAUUGCUUUUUAACAUAGUUUCACUUAUUUUGAAUUUGGUAAAUAAUACCCUUUUGAAUUUUUUUUCUA